AUGGAGGAGGAGCUGGGCUGCCCCCAACCCCUCGGGGACUCACUGGGGGUCCCUGGGGGACCCUGGCAGCCGCUCCGGCCCCGCUCGUUGCUGCUCCUGCUGCUCCUCCCCACGCUUCAGGUGCGAGGGACCCACCCCGAGUGCUCGGCGGUCCUGCAGCUGCAGCAGCGAGAGGCGGAAUGUCUGCAGAGGAUCCGCAGCGAGAGCCAGCUCAGAGCCCCUUCCAGUGACUAAAGGGGCUGCCCCACGGACUGGGACGGGCUCAGCUGCUGGCCCGCCCUGCCCCUCGGCCAGUCCCGAGCUGUCGCCUGUCCCGACAUCCUGAACGUCUUCAAGAAGUCGGAAGGGCUGGUCCAGAGGAACUGCACUGAGCGGGGCUGGAGCCUCCCCAGCCCCCCGUACCACAGCUCCUGCCAGCUGGAGCCCCUCGGCAGCAGCAACGACACCGAGGCCACGAGAGGCCACUUUGUCACCAUGAAGGUGCUCUACACCUGCGGCCACUGCACCUCGCUGGCAGCGCUGCUCUUGGCCAUCGGCAUCUUCCGCUGCUUCAGGAAGCUGCACUGCACCAGGAAUUCCAUCCACAUCCAUUUCUUCACCUCCUUCAUCCUCCGGGGCAGCGCUGUGUUCAUCAAGGACAGCGUGCUCUUCUCGGACGAGUCCGCCGACCACUGCACCAUGUCCACGGUGACCUGCAAAGCAGCCAUCGCCUUCCUCCAGUACUCAGUGCUGGCCAACUUCUACUGGCUGCUGGUGGAGGGGCUGUACCUGCAGACGCUGCUGCUGCUCACCUUCACCUGCGACAGGAGCUACACCUGGGGCUACAUCCUCGUGGGCUGGGGUGUGCCCAUGCUCACGGUCGGGGCGUGGGCGCUGGCCAGGCUGCGCUACGAUGACCACGGGUGCUGGGAUGACUACUCCAGCCUGUACUGGUGGGUGAUCAAGGCUCCCAUCCUCCUGGCCAUAUUUGUGAACUUCCUCAUCUUCCUCAACGUCACCAGGAUGCUGGCACAGAAGAUCCGGUGCCCGGAGCUCAGCCAAAGCCGCGGGCAGCAGUACCUGAGGCUGACCAAAUCCACGCUGCUGCUCAUCCCCCUCUUCGGGGUGCACUACGCGGUGUUCGCGCUCUUCCCCGAGCGCGUGGGCGUGCGCGCCCGCCUCUACUUCGAGCUGGUCCUCGGCUCCUACCAGGGCUUCCUGGUGGCUCUGCUCUACUGUUUCCUCAACGGGGAGGUGAGUGCGUGUCCCCACCCCACCUGGGCACCGCAGCGGGCACAGGGACACCCCCAGGGUGCGGGCGCUGCCUGGUGCCCCUGGGUGCCAGCGCUGCCCGUGGGGUUGGUGCAGGUGCAGGCUGAGAUCAGGAGGAGCUGGGGCAAGUGGCAAAGGUCCAUGGAGAGCAACGUCUUCAACCUGGCCAGCCAGGACUUCACGGCGUGACCAGGGCAGCACGCCAGGGGGCUGGUGCUGCUGAGGAGCAGCUCCGUGGCUGCAGUCCCAGCACGACCCAGCCCCCUGAUUUUCGGAGG